AUGACGACCUUCACCAAGAUCACGGACGAACAGCAGCCUGUCAUCAGUGUCAAUCCCGCGUUCAAGCUGUCUGACAUUGACGACAAAACCUACAGCGGCUUCACAGAGCACAUGGGCCGCUGCAUUUACGGCGGAAUCUACGAUGUAGACAACCCGCUCAGCGACGAAGACGGCUUCCGCAAAGAUGUGAUCGAAGCUCUCAAGGAGCUCAACAGCCCUGUCGUUCGCUACCCGGGCGGAAACUUUUGCGCCACCUACCAUUGGCAGGAUGGUAUCGGUCCCAGGGAGAAUCGGCCUAAGAGGCCUGAGCUCGCAUGGAUCGGUCUCGAGAGCAACCAGUUCGGUACGGACGAAUUUAUGAAGUGGUGCGAGAAGGUUGGCACCGCGCCGUACAUCGCCUUGAACAUGAACACAGGUCAGUACAUUCGCCCAUACUUGUCGCAGCGUCAGCGUCCGCUAACUAGUAUCCAGGCACCCUCGAUGAAGGCAAAUAUUCUGACUAUACUCCCAGCUUUGGCAUGGGUCGAGUACUGCAACUCAACACAGGACACAUAUUACGCCAACCUCCGAAGGAAGAACGGCCACGAAGAACCCUACAAUGUGAAGUACUGGGCGUUGGGCAACGAGAUGUGGGGGCCAUGGCAGGUCGAGCAGAUGACCAAGGAAGACUACGCAAAGAAGGCAUUUCAGUGGGCAAAGGCUCUGAAGCUACUUGACCCUUCUAUUGAGUUGAUUCUGUGCGGAAAGGAGGGUCAGGACGCAUGGGACUACCACGUCCUGAAAGAGUGCAUUAAAUUCGAUCGCCAUGCUCGCGGCAACGACGGCUGUCUCAUAGAGAUGCACAGCAUCCAUCUAUACACAUGCUCAAACAACCAUCUCGAGAACGUUACCGCUCCUCGUGCGGCUGAGCGAUGUAUCGAGAUGACAGGCGCUCUCAUCGACCUCGUCCACGCUGAAAACAAGAUCCCUUCCCAUGUGAGGAAGCAGAAGAUUUGCUUCGACGAGUGGAAUGUAUGGGACUCGUCCCGUGCCAAUGGACGUGAUGGUGCUGAAGAGAAAUACACUCUCUCAGACGCCCUCGCGGUCGCAACUUGGCUCAAUGCCUUCAUUCGUCAGAGCAAGUACAUUGGUAUGGCCAACAUUGCACAAUCUGUCAAUGUUAUCUCGCCCCUUAUGACAACCAAGUAUGGCAUCUACAAGCAGACGACGUGGUGGCCGUGGCUGCUGUUCUGCAAGUACAUGCGGGGCACUACAAUUGCCGUCAAUGUGCAAAGUGCUGAGUACGAGGGCUCAACGAAGCCUGACUGGCUCAGGGGAGCUAUGGAGACACCGUGGCUGGACGUCAGUGCCUCAAUCAAGGACAGUGUUGUCUCUCUAGUAGUGGUUAACAUCCAUGAGAGCAAGAGCUUCUCGACGAAACUGGAUGGUAUUCCGAGCGGGGCAAAUGUUGAGGUGUACACUGUGGCGGGCGAUAACAUCGGUGUGAUUAACACUGCCGAAAAGAGCGAGGUUGAAGUCAAGGAGAGCAAGUGGGAGGCGAAGGAAUUAUACGAGUUCCCGAAGGCCUCGAUGACUAUGCUCAGGUGGAAGGUAUAA